AUGGAGGACAUAGAGGGACAUGGGGACAUUAAGGCCACCCCUGUGUCCCCAGGUGCCAUCGUGGCGGUGACGGACGACCCCCCGGCGCUCAAGAAGGCCGACAUCGGGGUGGCCAUGGGCAUCGCCGGCUCCGACGUGUCCAAACAGGCGGCCGACAUGAUCCUCCUCGAUGACAACUUCGCCUCCAUCGUCACCGGCGUCGAGGAAGGGCGGUUGAUCUUCGACAACCUCAAGAAGUCCAUCGCCUACACCCUGACCAGCAACAUCCCCGAGAUCACCCCGUUCCUGCUGUUCAUCAUGGCCAACAUCCCGCUGCCCUUGGGGACCAUCACCAUCCUCUGCAUCGACCUGGGCACCGACAUGGUCCCGGCCAUCUCCCUGGCCUACGAAGCGGCCGAGAGCGAUGGGGCUAUGGGGUGGAUAUGGGGCAGGAUGAGCUCGGACAAGCUGGUCAACGAGCGGCUCAUCAGCAUGGCCUACGGGCAGAUCGGGAUGAUCCAGGCGCUGGGCGGCUUCUUCUCGUACUUCGUGAUCCUGGCCGAGAACGGCUUCCUGCCCUCGUGCCUGGUCGGGAUCCGCCUCAACUGGGACGACCGGACGGUCAACGACCUGGAGGACUCGUACGGGCAGCAGUGGGUGUUUGUGCCUGUAUUUUUGGAGUCGCGCCUGAACAAGAUCCUGAUUUUCGGGCUGUUCGAGGAGACGGCCCUGGCCGCCUUCCUGUCCUACUGUCCCGGCAUGGACGUGGCCCUGCGCAUGUACCCCCUCAA